GACUACCUUUUCGACCUUUCUCAACCAUCUUUUCUCAACUUCAACUGUAGAAAACGACACUUUUCGUUAAGCAAAGAACACUCCGACCACCCAAGUGUUAUUGCGAACCAUUCGUUUUAUCUGACUGAUACUUCUCAAAUGCCUGUUUGCCGACUUGAUCCGCAUGAUAAACCCCCUCGCCUCCUUCUUGCGACGCGCUGAUUAGGGCCAUCUUAUCAUCAUAUUAUUCACCUUAUAAUUCAUCUGAAUACGCUAAAAACGAUGGCACCGAGUCCAAGGACACCGAGACAAUCAGCCCUCUCACGCCCGCGCGGUCGACCCAAAGGCUCUUUUAACACUGUGCGACGCGUCCGAGAUGGCAGCAUUGUAGCCGCCACAGAGCCUCCUUCGAAGCGAAGACGAUAUACGACUAAUGGCCCUGGAAGUGCUAGCAGAUUCGCCGAUCAUGCGAGCAAUGAAAAUGGCGACUUGACUAUCGCGACAACUAGCCGCUCGAGAGCGCGACACAGUUCGCAAAACGGUGCGGCAUCCCCCGCUAUCUACCCUAGACGCGAGCGUAGUACCCGAACUCGACACGCAACCCGAAUUCAGCCAGACGACGAUAUGCAGAUCAGUUCUGCAGCCGCAGUAGCCGCGGUCGUCCAAAGCGAGGGGUAUAAGCCCAGAGAAGAACGAGGCUGGGAAGAAUUCCACCCGAAUCUCGAUAUAGAUGGCACUUUCAUGAUGUUUCAUGCCGAGGAUGUCGAUGGAACCGCAAAGCCAAUACCGGAUACACCGUUAGCUAAGAUAACUGGCGUCGAUAAUAACGAUGUUGGCAGUCCUUCCAAGGACCCCAAUGCUACAGGCUCUUCUCUCCUAAAUGCACCGAACGCUAUAAUAAGUACCGUCACAACUCCCACCGCUCCAUUUACCACUCCAAGGAGACGUGGUGGCCGAUUACCACGAGGGGAAUCCCUAUAUGCAACUCGUGGAGAUCAGCAAAUGCCGCCAAAUACACCUACCCCUCUCCCCAUCCAUGGCCAGAAUAAUAAGGAGAAACUCGAUCUCAAGCAACCUUCCUAUCGAAAAACAGACCGCAUAUUGCUUUUCGAGAGCAAGACAUUUGGCCAAGCUCGAUAUGUCGAUAAGGCCAUGAUGAAUGUCGGGUACCAAGAGAGCGAUAAUUUCAUUCGGCCGGAUAGAAAAUUGAUCAAGGCGAGCGAUGCAAACAUUGAGGACGAAGCAGAUCAGGCAGCUGUUGUCAAGGUCGAUGGAGAACCGAUGCCGCAGCCAAAUAUAUUGGGUCGUGUCGAAUAUGACAUGGAUGAACAAGAUGAUAUGUGGCUAGAGGCAUAUAAUGCACAUAGAAAGUCGCAGGGUUGGAAUCCGGUUACUCGCGAGGUUUUCGAGAUCACCAUUACAAAGAUCGAGAAGGAGUGGCACGCAUUGGAAAAAAGAAUUCCGAAGCCCAAUCCAAAGCCACCGCAGACUCACCGACCCCGAUCUAGUUCAGCUGCAGCGGUGAAUGGCGAGCCUCAAGCGGGUGAGGAACAAGACAGCAAGUGCGCAAUAUGCGACGAUGGGGACUGUGAGAACACAAACGCAAUUGUUUUUUGUGACGGAUGCGAUCUCGCGGUCCACCAAGAGUGCUAUGGCGUUCCAUUUAUUCCGGAGGGUCAAUGGCUUUGUCGGAAGUGCCAGCUCAUUGGUCGUGGCAUCCCGACUUGUAUUUUCUGCCCCAACUCAGAUGGUGCUUUCAAACAGACGAAUUCAUCGAAAUGGGCACAUUUGCUCUGCGCCAUGUGGAUUCCAGAGGUGACAUUGGGCAACCACACCUUUAUGGAGCCGGUCAUGGACGUGGAUAAGGUCCCGAAGAGCCGCUGGAAGUUAACCUGCUACAUCUGCAAUCAGCAAAUGGGUGCCUGCAUACAAUGCGGCAACAAAGUAUGUUAUCAGGCCUUCCACGUAACAUGUGCCAGACGAGCUCGUCUGUUUUUGAAAAUGAAGAAUAGUUCGGGGGCUUUGGAUGUUCUUGAUGGGAGCACAAACCUGAAAGCGCUUUGCGACAAACAUUGUCCCUCCGAAUAUGCAAAGGAGAAUGACGUAGUUCGAGCUACUAAAAAGGCCAAGAAAUUCUACAAAAAGACAAUGAAGGAUCGCAUAUGGGCCAAUAGUCAAGCUAAAGCUAUGACUAUUGCAGCGUCGCACCGGAAUGCGAUAACUGAACACCCACCAGACGAAUCCCAGAUGACCGGUGCUAAGCUCUCUGCUGUCCUCGGGGAUAAGAAAGGUCAGGCUGGAAAAUCCAUAUGGAAGUUACCAUCUGGAGCUCCCGUCAUACCGCAAGCUGUAUUCGAGAAUGUUGAAGCCUCUCUGCAGCGAUUCAAUUUCCUUAAGCGCAAGGAAUUUGUUAGCGAUGCUUGUCGUUACUGGACGUUGAAACGCGAGAUGCGUCGUGGUGCUGCAUUGCUCAAGCGCUUGCAGCUACAAAUGGAAUCAUUUUCCUCCAUGGAGCUCACCCGACGUAACUUCGCGGCUAUGGGUCCCUCCGGAAAGGCUCGGCUGUCAAGACGAAUUGAAUUUGCACAGACCCUUAUCGAGGAUUUGGAGCAGCUCAAGGCCUUAUCGGAGUCGAUAGUCCAGAGAGAGCAGAGCAAGCUCGAGGCUGCGGAAAUGGAACAAGAAUUCGUCGAUACGUGUUACUUUCCGAUUCACAAGAUGCUCCCCCCUAUCGUGGAGAAAGCUAUCACGCUAGACAAGAACCUGUUCCACGAAGGACUGCUGAGGCUGUCUAAUAGAAUCGAUGAACGAUUUUACACCACAACCUUAGCUUUCACUCACGACCUCUGUGAGGUAAUCAAUAUCGGAAUCAACACCGAGCCUAAGUUGCAAUCUGAAACACAACAGAAAGCAGGCCUUGUCGCCCCGGCCGUGUCCAAAUCUGACUUUUCUGAUUUUCGGGAUCGGAAGAAGCUGGGUAAAAGAAUUCUUAAGUCGGUUCAACCACAGCUAGAGACGGCACUUCGUCUCGAGUCAGAAGCUGCUCACAAGCCGCCGGAGGCGAUGAAACAAGAACUAGAGGCUAUGAUGGAAGCUAGCCUCGAACUACGACAACAAGUCGUUAAUCAAGGCAAUGGGGAAUCUGAGCGAAGCCGGGACGUGAUCAUGGUCGAUUCGUCCGCCCCAGAAAUUACCGUUGGCGGAGAAGCGGACGGCUCCGUUGCCACAGGAGAAACCUUGGCGGAUGUUCCUAUGACCGGAGUUGGCAUUAUUGGUGGUAGCGGUAGUAUCGAAGUCAACACAUCUGGUUUGAAUGGGGACGAGAUGGAUGGCGUUGAAGCAACCACCAGUACUCUGUCCUUCCGAGAAGUGCCAGUCGCCGAAAGUAAACCAGAGGCAUUGUUAGCUGAUGGUAUGCAAGAAAUAGACACACCACCGGCGACAAACGGUUACGUGGGUGCAACGCCUUCGUUGCAGCCUACUCCUCCUACACCUCCGCAAUCCAAUGGGAGUUUAGGACGCCAACCACCUGAUCCGUUAACCGAUGGCGGCGUCGUGUGGUAUUUACACGACUUCGAACCAGACGGAACCUCGGCUACUCAGGAACAGUGGCAAGGAAGGGAUGCUGUCCGUAGCCUUAGCGAGGAGCUUUCUGAGAUUGACGAAGAUGAGCUGAAGGGUCUCGGUGUGGAGAUCAACGAAGAUAGUAUCACGGCAUCCCCAGCGAACACCGCCGAGACGGUAGAACCAGCUCCUACCGUCACCGCUAGCCCUUCGAAGAAGGCGACACCUAGGGCAAGGAAGCGUAAGGCGACUGCCAGGAGACGGUAAUGCGGAGGACCUUUAAUAAUGUAUUCAUAUUCAUAUUCUAAUCCCCCUUUUUUGCUUUUCUUUGAUUCCCCCCAUACACUGUAUUUGCAAAUUCGAGG